GCCGAGCCUAUUGUCGAUGGCACCAAAUAUUUGUAGUUCGAUCUUUUAAUAGAUAAUGAGUUUACAAAUAUAUUAUGUUGAAAAAGAAAGUGUAUAAAUAUAUGAAAACUGCAUGAACAAGGAUAUGUAUAUUAGCUAAAACCAUCCAUUUCUUCAACGGCCUCCUUUGUCUCCUCCAAUUAAAAGUCUCUCUUUUUAUUGUUUUCUUUAUCUUUCUCAGUUGCAACUCUUUUUGGGUUUUCUUUCUUGAAUAUAAUUUGUUACUAUUAGUGGCAUUAAUCUCUCCCUCCCUCUCUUGUUUUCAUCUCUUUAUUAAUUGUAAGACUUUCUGGGUUUUUUUUUUUUUUUUUCCCAAGAUAAAAAGCUUUGGUUUUUCUAGUUAUCAGUUUUGCUAAAGAUCAGUGCCCCUAAUUAAUGGAGUGGAAGAGUUGUAUAAGUGGGUUUAGAGAGCUAAGGCCUUUGGUUCACUUGCUUUUGCCAUUGUCUGUUCAUUGGGUUGCUGAGCAAAUGACUGUUUCUGUUCUUGUUGAUGUUGUUACUGCUGCUUUGUGUCCUGGACAGUCUACCUGUGCUCAGGCUAUUUAUAUCAGUGGUCUUCAACAAGUGGUAGUUGGAAUUUUCAAGAUGGUUGUAUUACCACUCCUAGGACAGCUUGCAGAUGAGUAUGGGCGUAAACCAUUUCUCCUACUUACUGUAUCUACAUCCAUAUUCCCUUUUGCUUUACUUGCCUAUGACCAGUCCAGAGGAUUCGUGUAUGCCUACUAUGUGCUUCGUACAAUUUCUUAUAUUCUAAGUCAAGGAAGCAUUUUCUGCAUAUCUGUUGCCUAUGCUGCAGAUUUUGUCCAAGAAGACAAGCGGGCUGCAGUUUUUAGCUGGAUGACUGGUCUCUUUUCGGCUUCUCAUGUCUUAGGAAAUAUAUUGGCACGCUUUCUUCCUGAGAAAUACAUUUUUCUGGUUUCAAUUGCUCUCUUGAUUUUUGGUCCAAUUUAUAUGCAAUUCUUUCUGGUUGAGACAGUUGAACGAGCUCAAAGGAAGGACCAGAACUCUACCUUCUUAACUAAAAUCAUUAAGGUUUUCCACACACGGUAUAAAUCAAUGAGAGAUGCUGCAAUAAUAGUCUUUAGCAGUCCUACACUUAGAGGCAUUUCUUUUGUUUCAUUCUUUUAUGAGUUGGGAAUGUCUGGCAUCAACGCUGUCUUGUUGUUCUAUCUCAAGUCAGUGUUUGGGUUUAACAAAAACCAAUAUUCAGAAAUUCUACUUAUGGUGGGAAUCGGUGAAAUAUUUUCUCAGAUUUUAUUGCUUCCUCUUGUUAAUCCAUUGGUUGGGGAGAAAGUCAUACUAUGUCUUGCCUUGCUCGCAUCAAUUGCUUAUGCAUUCUUCUACGGAUUGGCAUGGGCAUCUUGGGUCCCUUACUUGAGUGCAUCAUUUGGAGCCAUUUUUGUCCUUGUAACACCUUCUACUUAUGCUAUUAUUUCCAAGGCGUCGAGCUCAAUGAAUCAGGGAAAAGCACAAGGAUUUGUUGCUGGUGUACAGUCAAUAGCAAGUUUGUUAUCUCCUCUUGCAAUGAGUCCAUUAACUUCAUGGUUCCUAUCGAGCAAUGCCCCUUUUGAUUGCAAAGGUUUCAGCAUCAUAGUUGCUUCUCUAUGUAUGAUGGUUGCUUUCUGCUACGCUUGCAUGCUUAAACCGGAGCAAGAAACAAAGAACUUGGAGGAAGACAUUGAAGCACCACUUAUAACUGACAAUUAAUUGGGUAUUAAACCUAUCAAUCUUUUAAGGCGAACAAUGUAAAUUAUCCAUUGAGUUGUUUGAUGGAUGUAUUGGUUUUAUGGAAAAUGUUAUUUUUUCUGUGCAAUAAAGUUAUUCAGAUGAGCAUGCUUUGCCCUAAAUUUUAAAGAUCCUUCUUUGGCACCUCAAUGGUAAAAGUUUGGAAAUUUUUGCAAGCAAAUCUCAGUGGAGCGGAAAGGGCUUAUGAGAAUGUUAGAGUUGUCUUAGUACCUUGAAUAUUCUACUGUAUAGCUCAUUUAGUAUUUUUUCCCUGUAUUCUAUUAUGUAAAGCAUAUAAACAAUGACAGAAAAAUCAAAUUUCAAUUCUUUUCCUGUUCA